ACGUUCAUGUGAAGUAGCUUGAAACAAAAGAGAAAAACAAAAUGACUCAAUGGAGCUGAAAAACUACACCAGGGUGAAAGAAUUUACUUUCCUUGGCCUAACCCAGAGUCAAGGACUGAGCUUGGUCUUAUUUUUUUUCCUGCUUCUUGUGUACUUGACAACUCUCCUGGGAAACCUCCUCAUCAUGGUCACUGUGACCUAUGAGCCUCGCCUUCAUACCCCUAUGUACUUCCUGCUCCGUAAUUUAUCUGUUGCCGACAUCUGCUUUUCCUCCAUCACAGCUCCCAAGGUUCUGGUGGACCUUCUGUCACAGAGAAAGACCAUCUCUUUCAAUGGCUGCUUCACCCAGAUGUUUUUCUUCCACCUUGUUGGAGGGGUGGACGUAUUUUCUUUGUCAGUAAUGGCACUGGAUCGAUAUGUGGCCAUUUCCAAGCCCCUGCACUAUGUGACCAUUAUGAGUAGAGGCCGUUGCAUUGGAUUAAUAGUGGCUUCCUGGGUGGGGGGCUUUACCCACUCCAUCGUACAGAUUUCCCUGUUGUUCCCACUCCCCUUCUGUGGACCCAAUGUUCUUGACACUUUCUACUGUGAUGUCCCCCAGGUCCUCAGGCUCGCCUGUACAGACAUUUUUAUGCUUGAGCUGCUGAUGAUUUCCAAUAAUGGACUGCUCACCACACUGUGGUUUUUCUUCCUCCUGGUGUCAUAUAUGGUCAUAUUAUUAGUAGUAAGGUCUCAGGCAGGGGAGGGAAGGAGGAAAGCCAUCUCCACCUGCACCUCCCACAUCACUGUGGUGACCCUGCACUUUGUGCCCUGCAUCUAUGUCUAUGCCCGGCCCUUCACUACCCUCCCCACCGAUAAAGCCAUUUCUGUCACCUUUACUGUCAUCUCUCCUCUGCUGAACCCCUUGAUCUACACUCUGAGGAACCAAGAGAUGAAGUCAGCCAUGAGGAGAUUGAAGAGAAGACUCAUGCCUUCUGACACGGAAUAGA